AUGGGUGAAGUAGAAGUGUGCAAUAAGCAAGUUAUACUGAAGAACUAUGUGAGUGGCUUCCCAAAAGAGAGUGAUAUGGAGGUGAAAACUACUAGUUUGAAGUUAAAGCUUUCGGAGGGUGAUUCUUCAGUAGCAAUCUUAGUCAAAAAUUUGUACUUGUCCUGUGAUCCCUACAUGAGAUCCCGCAUGAGCAAGCUUGAAGGACAGUACGUUGAUUCCUUCACUCCUGGCUCUGUAAGUCACGUCCUAUACAUACGUAUGUAUCCUAUAGUGGGAUACGGAGUGGCUGAAGUUCUGGAUUCUAGUCAUCCAAACUUCAAGAAAGGUGAUCUGGUUUGGGGAAUCACUACAUGGGAAGAUUACAGCAUUAUUACUGCCACAGAGGUUCUCUUUAAAAUCCAGCACACAGAUGUGCCUCUGUCCUACUAUACAGGCAUCCUGGGUAUGCCCGGCAUGACUGCUUACGUUGGUUUUUUUGAGGUAUGCUCUCCUAAGAAGGGAGAACGUGUCUUUGUUUCUGCCGCUUCUGGAGCAGUUGGCCAACUCGUUGGUCAAUUUGCAAAGUUAUUUGGCUGUUAUGUCGUUGGAAGUGCUGGAAGCAAAGAAAAGGUUGAUUUGCUGAAGAACAAGUUCGGGUUUGAUGAAGCUUUCAACUAUAAAGAAGAGGCGGACUUGAAUGUGGCUCUGAAAAGGUACUUUCCGGAUGGCAUUGAUAUUUACUUCGAGAAUGUAGGAGGGAAGAUGCUUGAUGCCGUGCUUCUUAACAUGAGCCUCAACGGCCGCAUUGCCGCCUGUGGCAUGAUUUCACAAUACAAUCUUGAGCAGCAGGAAGGAGUUCAGAAUCUGUUUUGCAUAGUCAGAAAGGGAAUACGAAUGGAAGGGUUUCUGGUGUUUCAUCACUAUCAUCUCUAUCCUAAAUUCCUGGAAAUGAUUAUCCCACAGAUAAAAGAGGGGAAGAUCACUUAUGUAGAAGACAUAGCUGAAGGCCUCGAGAAUGCCCCAAGUUCUUUGAUAGGGCUGUUCUCAGGGCUCAACAUUGGGAAGCAGGUAGUGUCCGUUACCCGUGGAUGAUGUAUAUAUCAUCUGGAAUUGUACUUUUCUAGUCUUGUGCUAUGGUUUUGUCUAGCAUAUAUUGUUGGAUAUCAGGAGGCAAUAUAUACUUGGUAUCUCAUCAGGCAAUGCUGGGAAGCAAGUUGUGGAUGUCUCCUGUGAAUAAUCAAUCAGUGAUGCAUGUCAUGUGAAAGUGCUUUUCAGCUUCGAUGCUUGGUUUUGUCUUAUCUACUGGAUCUUCUUGUCAAAUUAUAUACA